AUGGCCGACAUGCAAUUACCCGGUGAGCCUCUGCGCAUUGGGUUGCUCUUAUUCCCGGGCUUCCAAGCACUAGACGCAUUCGGCCCACUGGACUGCAUCAACGUCCUCUCACGAACAGAGGGCAUCACUUUAUCACUUCUCUCAUCCACCCUAGACCCAGUAUCAACAACUUGUCCCGAAUACCCAGGGAGUGUCGGACAAGAGAUACUCCCAACACACACCUAUGCAGCACCACCGCCCCUGGACGUCCUCCUCGUCCCCGGCGGCCGAGGGUCCCGGGGUUCCGGGCCGACAGUGCUCGCAGCUAUCAAAUUCAUCAAGGACACAUACCCGCGGCUGAAAUACGUAAUCACCGUAUGCACCGGCUCUGGACUGGCAGCGCGGGCUGGAGUGCUGGAUGGCAAACGGGCAACCACUAACAAAAUGGCGUGGAAAGAGAUGAUGGCGCUGGGGCCGGAGGUACAGUGGGUAUCGCGGGCGCGAUGGGUUACGGAUGGGAAUAUCUGGACCUCGUCUGGUGUUAGCGCGGGGAUAGAUGUGACGCUGGCUUGGAUUGGGAGUGUGUUUGGGGAGGAGAAGGCGAAGAGGAUUGCAGAUGAGAUUGAGUAUACGAGGCAUGAUGAUCCCAGUUGUGAUCCAUUUGCGGAGUUGUACGGGUUGUGA